UUUUCUGCCUGGAAAAAGUUAAAUCCUCCUUCACUAUGUUGCCACCGACUCCUACUUCUCAGAGUUAAUAACUCUUUUUUUUUUUUGUGAUGGAAUCUCACACUGUCACCCAGGCUGGAGUGAAAUGGCACGAUGUCGGCUCACUGCAGUCUCCACCUCCAGGGUUCACAUGAUUCUCCUGCCUCAGCCUACUGAGUAGCUGGGAUUAUAGGCGCCCACCACCGCCCCUGGUUAAUUUUUUUAUUUUUAGUGGAGACAGGGUUUCACCAUGUUGGCCAGGCUGGUCAGGCCAGGCUCCUGACCUCGUGAUCCACCACCCCCUUGGUCUCCCAAAGUGCUGGGAUUACAGGUGUGAACCACCACAACCGGCCUGUUUAAUGUAUUUUUUAUGUUUUAAAUAUGUUUUAAACAUGUAUAGGCAAGUACUAUAUCUUAAAGCAGAACAUAAUCAUGGAGAAGAGUACUGUCACCCAGCAUGACAAGGCAGCUGAUAUAAUAACAGCACUGAAGAGCUCUUGUAAAUCGGUGUGCCAGCCAUGAAACUUCUUGUCCUGUUUCUUGCCAUCCUUCUGGCCAUAGAAGAACCAGUGGUAUCAGUAGAGUGUUGGAUGGAUGGACACUGCCGGUUGCUGUGCAGAGAUGAUGAAGACAGCAUCAUACGCUGCCGAAAUCGUAAGCGGUGCUGUGUCCCUAGUCGCUAUUUAACAAUCGAACCAGUAACAAUUCAUGGAACCCUUGGCUGGACCACUCCUCAGAUACCCACAACAGCUCCGCAAACGAAGAGAAAUAAAAAUCAUGGAUAGAAAUGGCUUUGUUUCAGGAAGCUUAGGGUCCACAUUGCAUUAAAACUCACAAUUUU